UGAUCAAAUCGCGCGCUCGCACCUCACGCCGCAUUUUCCCUCGUUUUCUAGGAUCUCCCCUGUUGUUUCUUUCUCUAGGGCUGUGCCGUUUUCUCGAUUCCCAAACAGCCUUCCAAAUCAGUAGACAAUGAGUAACGACAACAAGGAUACUUUUAACAUGUCCGAUGUCGACGCCUCUCUCCCUGCCGCCGCUGCAGCUCUUAGUGCAGAGGAUCGUGCUGACCUUGUUAACGCUCUCAAGAAUAAACUUCAAAGCUUGGCUGGGCAACACUCAAAUGUUCUUGAAACUCUGUCACCCAUUGUCAGAAAGCGUGUUGAGUUUCUAAGAGAGAUUCAGAGCCAACAUGAUGAGCUGGAGUCCAAGUUUAGAGAGGAAAGAAGGGCAUUGGAAGCUAAAUACCAGAAACUUUAUGAACCAAUUUACGCAAAGAGAUACGAGAUCGUUAACGGUGUAAAAGAAGUUGAAGAGUUUGCAGAUGAAGUUGCAAUCAACCAAGAAGGGGAUGAAGCUACAGAAGAGAAAGGAGUGCCUGAUUUCUGGCUUACUGCAAUGAAAACUAAUGAAGUAGUGGGUGAGGAGAUAACAGAACGUGAUGAAGGGGCUCUUAAGUUUCUUAAAGAUAUCAAAUGGUAUAGAAUUGAUGACCCUGAAGGUUUCAAGCUGGAGUUUUACUUUGACACUAAUCCAUACUUCAAAAACUCUGUCCUGACAAAAACAUAUCAUAUGAUUGAUGACGAUGAUCCUAUUUUGGAGAAAACAAUUGGGACGGAGAUCGAAUGGUAUCCUGGGAAGUGUUUGACAAAGAAGGUUCUGAAGAAGAAACCAAAAAAGGGAUUGAAAAAUGCCAAACCCAUCACAAAAAUUGAGAAUUGUGCUAGUUUCUUCAAUUUCUUUAGCAGUCCUAAUAUCCCCGAGGAAGAUGAUGACCUGGAUGAUGAUGCUGUUGAGGAAAUCCAGGAUAGAAUGGAACAGGAUUACAAUAUUGGUACUACCAUUCGGGACAAAAUUAUUCCUCAUGCUGUAUCUUGGUUUACGGGGGAGGCUGUUGAUGACGAUGAUUUAGAUGUUGAAGAAGACGACGACGAUGAUGAUGGUGACGUCGAUGAAGAUGAAGAUGGGAAUGAAGAUGAUGAUGAUGAGGAGGAGGAGGAGGAGGACAAUGAUGAAGGAAAAAGGAGUAGGAAGAAGUCAUCGGGUGGACCCAAGCAGAAGAGUAGAGGAGCGCGAACUAGGGAAAGCCAGCAAAGUGAGCGAGCUCCAGAGUGCAAGCAACAGUAGCAUUAGGUUUUGGACACUGGGCGAAUGAUGAUUGUGUUGGAUCUUACCAUUUGUGUUGGGUGGCAAAAGUGUGGAUUUUAAUCAUAUAUUCUAGAAGCCAGGAAGUCGACCAAUGUAUUUAAUCUCAAUCCGUCGGGUAUUAUGAUGUAAAUCGGCACUUUUUUUAUCUUAGUGGAUACUGUCUUUAUACCAACUCCAUUGUAUAUAUACAGAAGGGAAGAAGAAAUUUCUUUCUUAUUUUAA